UUAGAUCACUGAUCAUGGGAAUACUGAGGAUAUUAAUAGCCUUUCUUCUUCACAUGGCUGCCACUCUGGCGGCUCCUGUGCCGUGUGAGGAGAAGGUGAUCCGUUUGGAAGCGGAGAUCCGGCGUCUGAUGAAGGUGAUCAACGACCAGCAUCGCUACAUCCAGGAGCUCCACAAUAGCCAGGCCCAGCAGCUGGAAUACAUACCCAACUUACACAUGGGCCCCGAGAACCUCUAUAGAGACUGCUCUGAGGUGUUUGCGGACAGUAAUGUGGCCAGUGGGCUGUAUGUGAUACGUCCAGAUGGCUCUCCCACUGCACUGAGUGUCUACUGUGACAUGAACAAUGGAGGAGGAUGGACUGUCUUCCAGAGGAGGAAAGACGGCAAAGAGAGCUUUGACCGAGCCUGGGUGGAGUACAAGCAUGGAUUUGGAGACCUCUACUCACCCGAUGGAGAAUUCUGGCUGGGCAAUAAACCUCUACACGAUCUCACUUCACAAGGAAACUAUGACCUGCGGAUCAACAUGGAAGACUUUGAGGGAAAUCAGCGCAAUGCAGAGUACAAGAACUUCAAAGUGGAUGAUGAAAAGGACCAGUACCAGUUACAUGUGGGAGACUACACUGGGAAUGCAGGGGACGCCCUGGCUGACGUCCACGGCCGCCCCUCUGCCGGGAAGAAAUGGACCGGUCCAGGCAGUGGGGUCAAGUUCAGCACUUUUGACCAGCUGAAUGGCGUUGACUGGAAAAACGAUGCCAAGUGUAUUAGACACAGCAAGUCAGGAUGGUGGUUCAGCAGGUGCGAUUCAGGCAACUUGAACGGUAACUACUACAAAGGGCCGUACCAAGCAAUGGCUGAUGACGGGGUUGUGUGGUACACAUGGCACGGUUGGUGGUACUCCAUCAAAUCUGUGGUCAUGAUGGUACGAGCCGCUGACCUCGAGCAUCCGCCCACCUCAGGCGCACCGUUGCAGGAACAACUCGACCACAGCAAAGCGGCAGGGCGACGUCAUUGACAUUCCUCAUGGCCAAUAGGCUGAGAGCAAGUCUCCCUUACUAGAGCUGAACAACACACUUUGACUUAAUUCACAUCCAUUGAAGGU